CUUACCCUCUCUUUUACUCCAGCCGCCACCGAGCCGAGUAAACCUCUCGUGUGCCAGUCCGCACCGAGAUUCCGGCGCGAAUUGUCCUUUCUCGUCGUGGCGUCACGCCAAGUUCUAGAUGGAUGUCGCUGAUCCGCAUUAUUGUGUCAGCGAUUUACGUCGUCGCGCAGGUGCUCCUUGUUCGUCCAUCCCUCGUGGAAGGACGGCAAGCGAGGAAUCUAUUGGGAACGUCGGGCCACCAUCACGAAGCCGAAUUACCUCGAUUCGCCGAGGAAAUCCAAAAUGUGACAGUGAGCGUGGGACGUGAUGCUCUGCUUGCUUGUGUGGUGGAUAACCUACGACAUUAUAAGGUGGCGUGGGUGCGGGUUGACACACAAACUAUAUUAUCGAUUCAUCAGAAUGUAAUUACUCAGAAUCCACGAAUUUUGCUAACAUACAAUGAUCACCGCUCGUGGUACCUUCACAUAAAGGACGUACAGGAAGUCGAUCGUGGAUGGUACAUGUGCCAGGUGAACACGGAUCCAAUGAAAAGUCGUCAGGGCUAUGUACAAGUUGUAGUACCACCGUCGAUUAUUACUAAAGAGACCAGCACUGACAUGGUGGUCCGCGAAGCUUCCAACGUGACGUUGACGUGCAAAGCGACCGGAUAUCCGGAGCCUUACGUCAUGUGGCGACGGGAGGAUGGCAAGAACAUAAAUUAUAAUGGCGAAAGUGUGAAUGUCGUGGAUGGUGAAGUGUUGCAUAUCGUGAAGAUAAGCCGCCUUCAUAUGGGCGCUUAUUUAUGCAUAGCUUCAAACGGUGUUCCACCAUCGGUGAGCAAGCGAGUCUCGCUGCGUGUACAAUUUCCACCGAUGCUUUCAAUACCAAAUCAGUUGGAAGGAGCUUAUAUUGGACAAGACGUAACACUUGAAUGUCAUACUGAAGCUUAUCCAAAUUCUAUAAAUUAUUGGACAACAGAACGCGGUGAUAUGAUAGUGUCUGGCAAUUCUGUUUCAGGCGAAAAGUAUGAGGCGAUAUCGACCGACAGCGGUUACAACAAAUAUAUGAUGUUAAAGAUAAGAAACGUUAGUUUGAAAGAUUUUGGUUCAUAUAAAUGUGUCGCGCAAAAUUCUCUUGGAGGGACAGAUGGCGUCAUUAAACUAGAUGAAAUUCCAGCUCCAUCGACCACAUCUACGACACAGUCGCCAUAUCAUGCAACGUCACCACAUAAGAACGGUAGAAACAGUAACAAGAAAUCACGACAACGACCUUUCGACUACGAGGUCGAGGAAUGGCGAAAUCCAGAUCCUUAUAUUAUACAAGCCAGCUGCUGGAGAUUGGCGGCAAAAUGCAAGUUCAAAACUCACUUCGAAUGACUUUGUUCAAAGAUUCCCCCGAGCGUUGGGCCAGUUCUCCCUUCCUGAAGUUUACUUUCAAUUAAUGAAAAACGAGCUACGUUGACUCGCGGCCGUCUGCCUCCGGGAUCAGGAAGUGGAAAAGAGGAAAUGGAGAGAGGCAAACUCCUCCGAUACUUUUUUUUCUCGCCUUUUUCUUUCCCUCUCCAAAAAUCGAUUGAUUCAAAGCAUAUCGCCUUACGCACACAAUUGUGAUUUAUGUACUGUUAGAUUAAUCACUCUCUAUUAAUUGUUACUUGUUUAUUGUAAAGAAUAAUUGAUUAAAUUGCGAUUAAUAA